AGACAAGCUUCGCAGUGAAGCUUACACUUUAACUAUGGGCUUCCCUCUUACAUCGUACUGCUCACUAUGGCUAAAGGUUAAUUGACUGAUCCAGAUACUUCGCCGCACUUUUCUCGUCCAACCCAAACCCGAGAAUCUGCAAGUACUGCGGUAUGCCUCUAACGAUCCUCACGGACGCGGACGUCCGCAGUCUCCUCUUUAGCCUCACAAGGCAAGACAUCUUGGAUUUGCAGCAAAGCUUAGCAGACGCGCUUCAUUACUACUCGACUUCGACCGACGCAGACCUCAAUGGCUGCAGCUCGUCGUACCAGCCCCUCCGCACCGCGCUCAAGCGAAGUGAUGGCCAGACCACGCUCUUCAUGCCCGCGAGCAGCAACGAUGGCCUGGGAGUGAAGAUCGUCACUCUAGCUGUACCGGAGGACUCGAAGAAGACAUUAGAUACAGCUAGUCCAGGUUCCGGCGCCGCGUCUCUCGCAUCGUUCGACUCGCUCUCCAUCUCCCAACCGUCUACCUCGUCCUCAACGACCGCUUUCGAUGUCCCGCCAGACUCAGUCGCGAGCUCGCAAAGCACGACGCCGAAAGGGAGUCUCACGCUGCUCGACCGCACCGGCGCGCCACGAGCCCUCGUCAACGCCGAAGAAAUAACCGCCUUCCGCACCGCCCUCGUCAGUACAAUGCUGUUUAAGAAACGCACAAACGUACACGACGUGGUCGUCUUCGGCGCCGGCAAACAAGCAUACUGGCACAUCCGUCUGGCUCUCCUGCUCCGCGGGCCAGAAAUCCACCACCUCAACAUCGUAAACCGCACCUUCGACAGCGCCCACAAUCUGCUCGAAAAACUGUACAAACCGACCUCCGAGCCCGCCGCCUUCCCCAAGAUCAGCAUCCCCACGCCCGAGACGACGGAUCUUGCUCGCCCGAAGAUUCAGAUCCUCACGCCGAAUGCGAAUGAGUACGAGAGGCUGCUGAAGGCUACCGUGAGGGCGAGUAGUGUUAUCUUUUGCACGACGCCCUCGCUCAGCCCGCUCUUCCCCGCCAGCUACCUUACCAACACCGAGGGCCGCAAAAAGGGCCGCUACAUCGCCGCCAUCGGAUCGUACAAGCCGCAUAUGACCGAACUUCACCCGGACAUUCUGCGGCAAAACGUCGCGCCCGACCACGGCCGGCACCACCACAAGCACGCGCUAGAAGGCGGCGCGGUGGUCGUCGACAGCGUGGAAGCGUGCCUGAAGGAAGCAGGCGAGAUCAUCCAAGCGGGCCUGACGGGCCACGAAGUCGUCGAAAUCGGCGAACUGGUCAUGCUGCGACGAGACGCAGAGCGCAGACGCAUGGAAUGCCAGGCGAAGAAGAGUAUGGAGGGUUUGGACGAGGGGGGUGUGGAGUUGGGUGAGUGCGAGCAGAGGAAGAAGAAGAAGAGGAAGAGUGGUGGUGUUGUCAAGGAGCAGGAGGAUGUGGCGGACAAGGGGCUGAUGGAGUGGUUGCAGAGGGGAAAUGUGAUUUUCAAGUGUGUGGGCAUGGGAUUGAUGGAUGUGGUGGUUGGGACCGAUUUGGUCAGGUUAGCGGAUGAGAGAGGUGUGGGGACGAGGGUUGAGAAUUUCUGAGAUGGCAUGAGUGGAGGGUGCGUAUUGGUUUUAUGGGUUCAACCGGAUUACCCUUGAUCAGCCAUAGAACAUAGAGUUCACAUACAAGCAUAGCCAUCUACCACAGUUGCAUCACCACC